UUCCAACGGGCUAAAUGUUUCACUCAAACCGAGAUAUGAAGACGUUUUUAAUCCCGGCGUAGAGAGCAAAAACAGUCAGGAGUCGACUCUUUUGUUCCAAAAGGAGAUCCAGUGUGCGCGCGCGCGCGUGAGAGGCGGUGUGCGCAUGUGUGUGUAGAGAAAGAGGCAGAGAACACUGAACCUCCACAGAGGCAGUCUUUAGGAUAGCCUACAGCAGUGUGUGUGAGGAGGAUAGAGAGGCUGGGAUGCUGACAGACUCCUCAUAGAUGGAUACACAAAAAUGGCGAGAUCUCCUUCGAAUCACUAGUUUGUAGCUCUGGAUGUCGGAACAUGUCGUAGCUGAAGCUGGAUAUUCCAUUUUUUUGUUCUUCUGCUCAGUGCAUUAUUUUUGAAAGAUCCGCCGUUUGUCUCCCACCACGUUGUUCUGUGCUGGAGUCUUUAUUUUUUGGAAGGGGAGGGGGUUUAAAUGGCACCCACACGGCGGCGGCUGCGCCAUGUUCCGUGCUUUCUGGGAGUUCUCCUGAACGCUUUCAUCGGUGUGGUGUGCGAAGCGGAGCUGUCCUUCACGUUGGAGCCCAGUGACGUCAUCGCUGUGCAGCAGCAGCCUCUCAUGCUCCACUGCCAGGUGGAUGGAAUCCCACCCAUCACCACGCAAUGGAGGCACAACGGCCUGCUCAUACCUCAGGAUCAGCAUCACACCACCUUCAUCAACGGCUCGCUCCUGAUUGCCCACUUCCAGAAGACCAAGUCUGAUGGCUCCACCGAUGAGGGCGACUACGAGUGCAUGGCCCAGAAUUCUUUUGGGCGGGUGGUGAGCCGGAAGGCUCGAAUUCAAGCAGCCACCAUGGCAGACUUCCAUGUCCAGCCAGAGUCGGUGCAUGCUGAAGAGUCUGGCGUCGCUCGAUUCCAGUGUCAAAUCCGUGGUCUGCCAGAGCCUGUCAUCAGCUGGGAGAAGGACAGCCAUCCGGUGGACACUGAAAACGACAGGUACACUCUUCUGCCGACAGGCGUCCUGCAGAUCACAGGACUGCGUGAAGAGGACAGUGGAAAGUACUGCUGCGUGGCUCACAACAGCGCCGGAGUGAAGCACAGUACUGAGGCUCUCCUAACCGUUUCAGGCUCCCUGUCAUCCGUUUACAAAGAGCCCACGAUUCUGGUCGGCCCAGAAAACCUAACCCUCACCGUUCACCAGACCGCCAUCUUGGAGUGCGUUGCUACAGGAUACCCUCGACCCAUCGUGUCCUGGAGCAGACUAGACGGCCGGCCCAUCGGGGUGGAGGGAAUUCAAGUGCUUGGCACGGGGAACCUGAUGAUCUCAGAUGUUGGUGUGCAGCACUCAGGAGUCUACGUGUGUGCUGCUAACAAACCUGGGACCCGCGUCCGAAGGACAGCUCAAGGACGUCUGGUUGUCCAAGCUCCCGCUGAGUUCGUUCAGCCCCCGCAGUCGGUUUCCCGACCAGUCGGUACGACCGCCAUCUUCACUUGCCAAGCUCAAGGUGAGCCUGAACCGCAGCUCACCUGGUUGAAGAACGGGCAGGUCCUGGAGCCAGGAGAACAUGUCAGACUCAGGAACAACAACAGCACCCUGACCAUACACAGCAUCAGCCGCGACGAUGAGGCCAUCUACCAGUGCAUUGCUGAGAACAGUGCGGGCUCCACUCAGGCCAGUGCACGUCUCACUGUGCUGUGGGCUGAUGGACUUCCCGGUGUUCCCACCCAUGUCCAAGCAGACGCCCUAUCACCCACCACCAUCCAGGUGUCCUGGAAGGAGCCGGAUCAGAACACUCAGGACAUCAUUGGAUUUGUGCUUCACAUCCGCAGAACCUCCGACCCGCAGGAGAUGGAGUACGAGGAAGCCGUUAGUAAGACCACACUGCAGCAGGUCAUCCGCGACCUGGAACCCUCUACUAGUUACACCUUCUAUGUAAAGGCCUACACCUCCCACGGAGCCAGCAAGCCAUCUGAAAGUGUUACUGAGAGCACUCACGGGGAGGUGCCAGCUCCUCCUUCGCUCUUCACUAAAGUGUUGAACAGCAGCGCUGUGCAGGUCACGUGGGAAUCGUCCUCCAAGAUGGGCCAGCACGAGGGCUUCAGACUCUACUACAGGAGAGCGCACACACCGCUGUUCACCGGCCCCAUCGUCUUUCCACGCAAUGUUACUCAGUUCAACGUCACUCAGCUCGACUCUUCGCUGGUCUACGAGAUAAAGCUGCUUGCAUACAACCAACAUGGAGAUGGAAAUGCCACCGUGAGAUUCGUCUCCCUUCGGGAGGCACUGGAGAAAUCUGUGCUGGACGGCUCGUGUAACUGCGCAAAAGACGAGCACAGCAAAUCAUCGACAACAGGGAUCAUCAUCGGGAUUCACAUCGGAGUGACCUGCAUUAUCUUCUGCGUGCUCUUCCUCGUCUUCAGCUACCGCGGCAGGCUAAUGAUGUGUAAGACAGUUCAAGCCACCCCCCAGGCAGGGCACAGUGUAGUGCUGGAGUCCUCCUACUCCUCUCAAGGGCCCUCUGGGCUCAACGGGGCCGCCAGGAGAGACAGGGAGGUCAACGGCUGCGCUGCGGGGAAGAAAGCGGUCCACGGCGAGCUGGAGAGACUCUUCUCUCAACCUGAUGCACGAGAUACAUGCAUGUCCAACUCCUUCAUGCUGAACGACACCCAGCUGUCCACCAUACCGCUGGAUGAGGCUAAAAUGGAGAGCGAGACGCAGUUCCAGGCGCAUUCUGCAGCAGACGCGGCUCAGCACGACCAAGGCUAACCAUGUAUGAAGGCCCUUUUACGGGAUGCUUUCUAGUGUCCACUUAGACUUUUCUCUCACUCAGGUUGAUAAGUGUUUCUUUUUCAGAGAAUAGUUUUUUUUUCCUUUUGUGCCAAGUUUUUUUUUUCUAUCGCUCUUUAAGUGGUUUGUUCGGAGGUCUUGGGAGAUCAAGGACUGUGAUUGUGGUCAGGCAGUUUUUAGCUAGAUGGACCACUUUAAAUGUCUUUUGGUCUUUUGUAAAUUUUCUGGUAUUUGGCAGCACAGAGAAGAGAGAGCCCUCCCCCAAAUGUCCUUGUUAUACAAUGACUUUAUUUUUAAGUUUAUAUAUAUAUAUCUAUAUAUCUAUAUAUAAAUACACACAUAUCUUUAUCGUCUUUAUGUCGAACCAGUCAUAAGUUAUUGGUCGUAUCUCUGCUCGCAUCUCUGUGGAUGUCAAAGAUUCCUGCUGCCUGUUCUCUCCCACCAAUGAUUCCACCUUCUUACUCUCAGAAGACCUCAGCUUUCUUCCAGGGAUUCAAUAUAUUCUGUCUCAGGACUUUAUUUCAUUGAUAUCAACAUUUUUUAUCAGUUCUUGGCCUUCAUACAGGUGCUAGACUUGGGCGUGUGAACCUUACAAUUACACGAAAACCUACCUCAGCCGGAAUGAAUGUGUUGUGGGAAGCUUUUAGGGACUGUACCUUCCCCGUUGUUCACAAUACUUUACAUGCGGAGGGAACCGAUUAGAAGGAAAACCACAGGAUCAGGUGCCGCUCUACCUCAGAUGUCAAGAAGCGUCGUCCCCCCCUCUCCAGCGUUAUGGACGUGAAACAGAAAAAUGAGCAUCCAACAUGAAGCACUUCCAAAUGCUGAAAUGAAUGUUCUACCUCAAGAUAACAAUGUAAAUGUUGUCGCUGUUGUUGUUGUUGUUGUUAGUUUGUUUAUUGCAUAAUGAGAACCGUUUUCCUUUGGUGAAGUCGUGUCUUUCCUCCGUUGGAAUUUUUGCAGAGUUGUCAGUACCUCAUGCAAGCUGACAGACUGACAACAUGAUACACAGUCUGCUGAGAAAGUGUCAAUCAUGUUUUUAAGUUUUCUUCAGAAUGUUAUUUAGAAGAUAUUUUUGUUAUUUUUAUGUUUAUGUAUAUUUUUUUCCCCCACUGGUAGCUGUUUUAUGACAAGAGAUACACUGCGUUUUGAAUCAGGAACUUUUACACUGAAACUGUUGCAUAAACAAACACAAAACUGUUCAUGUCGCCUCCAGCCUGAGAACACAGGAGAACAUUUUCAUGUUUUUGUUGUGACAUUUUACCACAAAAUGCUCUGCUAAAAGGUUAAAUGAAGGAAUAAUUUUGAAAUUCUGUAUUUAUUUUUUUUGAGGUGACAAAAUCAGUUCUACCAUCAUUUCUUCUAUCGUGAAAAAGUUCAAAUUUUAUUUGUUCAUAUUAGCUUAGUCAACCAAAAAAACUGCAUUUACAUUUAUUUUUAUCAGAAAUAUUGACAAAUAAGACUAUUCUGUUUAUGCAUUUUGAUUUAUUAGAGUAAAUGGGAAGCCGGAUUUUAUUUUUGUCAAAAAAUAUUAUAAAACCAAAACAUUGAGAGACAAAAUUUAAAAUUUAAUGUUUUACAAAUUAAAAAUGGGACUGAUCUUGUUGAAACAUGGUGUAACUUCAAUUGACAGCAGUGUAACUCUUGGACUUUUUUCUAAAUGUCUUUAUCUGCAGUCAUUUUUUUUUUUUUAUAACAUUGCACGCUUCCUUUUAACCGCAGCAGUAGCCUUUGAAGCAUCUGGUGGCGUGUAGAUGAGGCAGCCUCUGACCUUAUCUGCUGGUAUUCUUCCCAAAACCGCACGAGCUGCUCAGCCUCCUGCCUGCUGUCAACACCGACUGCUUAAAGGGUUUCAGGAACAUCAACCUCUUCCUGUUACACACUGAUCACCACACACACACAUACAGCUAGCUGAGGGGAAUGCAUGGUCGUUGGGUGGUCACACAAUCUGCGUCACCACAUCCUGCACAGGACUUACUUUGAUGCAUCAUGGUUAUCUACCUCAACCCUGUUUCUGGCCUUCUUCUCAGGUCUUCAUGAAGGAAACUCGACACUAUGAACACACACAGGCUGUGGAAAACAAAUGUGAAGUUAUCAUUGCAGUAAUGGGAACGCGAUGGACCCAUAAUUUUCUAGAAAAAUGAAAGAAGACGUUUUCAGGACCUUAAUGCCAUACAUGCACUAAUUAAACACUUCCUGCUUCAUUUCUUCAGGAAACUGACGUCUGGUUAGUUUAGAGUCACAAAUUGAAAAAUUCUCAAAAAGCUGGAGAAAAAGUGAUGCAUCUAGGAAACAAUUCUUCUCACACGGCUUAUUGGUUUAAACAGAUUUAGAUUUAGAGAAUUCAUCCUAAUUAGCUCAGAAAAUUACUAUAAAACACAAUUUCACAUAUGCAGCACUAAAAAAGAGCAUCAAACCUCAGAAACUUUUUAGACCAAUUUCAAACAUUCGCCAACAUUUGACGCCAUGCAUUCAAAGUGAAAAAUCCGUUUCCGCUUGAAGGUUAGAGGCGUCGCCACAGCGGAUAAUUAUCUUUUUUUUUUUUUCAAUGUCUUAUAUGCAAACCAGCAGGGUCUCCAUCUCAGUGAUCAUCUCAAAUAAUGUAUAUUUUUAUGCCUUUUUGUUAAUUAUGUGUCAUUUCUACACAGAUGUUCUGACUGCAUCUAUUUCUUCUAUUUAAUUGUACUCUUGUCAUGUUGCCUUGAGAAAAUGUAAAUUGUCAAAACAGCCAAACAAAUGCCCAACUUUAACGUCUCCUCUGUGUAUAUUAUUAACCGCUGAUGUGGUGUUUUUCUCUUCAGGGCCGCUGAAAUAUCUGUGGGGGGUUUUUUAACCUCUGUUGGGAGUCAUUUCACUUGGGAUAUAAGACGUGUGUGUUUUCUUUUAAUUUCUGGUUCCCUUGUUGUAAUCUAGGGUUAAUCUCCUGCUGCAGCAAAUUGCUCACCCCCUGUAGAUGUGCCAUGCUAUUACGCCUGAAAUGUGGAGCAGAGACAUACGUGUUUACGUGAUUAGACUUUCAUAGAUCGGGUUGUCAUAGGAUCAUUUUAGCAUUAGAAAAGUUCUCAGUGACUGGCUUUAGUGGUGUAAGUCAUCGGUGGAGGGGAUCGUACAGUUUGUAUUUUUACGGCUAAGAAAAAAAAUGGUAUUUUGUUAUUUAUAUUUAGGUCUUGGGCAUGUUUUCUCUUUCCUGUUAGCCUGCCUCCUUUACUGCUUGUUUGUGAAGCCCGAUCUUUGGUCAAGAAGAUUGUGUGCUCAGGGACGCAAUGAUCUUUGCAUUACUUCUGUUAUCUGUCUGAAAAUAGCUGACCUUCUGAAGACCUCCUAGUAUUUCUGCCCAGUUUAGACUCAUCCGUUUGUCGUUGAGGUUAUCAAGACAUUACUAUACUAGUCUGAUAAGAGAAAAUAUCAUCUUUGUUGCUUAAAGUCCCACUCCGAUUGUCAUUUGAGCUCUUAAAAGUGUCCCCAGUGGAAAUGUAACUGCUAUUAUGAAGAUUUUAGCCAAGAUAAAAAUAAAAAAAAUGAUGUUUUCUAGGAUAUAGUUUCUGCAGAGUGGCAGAAGUCAUUCAAAUUUCACUUCUGAGUUGGGAUUGUUGGCUCAGAGUAAGCCCAACCCCUCUUCCCAUCAUCCAUCUGUUUACCCACUAGCUUACAGGCCCUCAACCUAACAUUAGCAGUGCAACAAAAAGGGGUAGGAAUAUCAGAUCUAUCCAGUUUUGAUCCAGAAUCCAGCUCAAAAGAGGAAAACAGAGACUUACAUGGAUCUAUUUGUCUAUAAGUGAAUGUAUCGGAAUGGGGCGGAGCAGCUUUUCGCUGAAGGCUCUAUCAAGCUUUUUCCUACUGUAAUUUUUUUAUCUGCUCCAGAUUUAUAACAUUUGCAAUAAAUAAAUAAAUACUCAGAAAUGCAAUUUUAAGCCUAAUUUGUCCUCUAUUGUGAAAAAGGAAAAAUGUUAUCGGAGUGGGUCUUUAAAGCAUUCAAUUAGAAAUGUGUAAUGAUACAAUUUUUUUGAACUAACUUCGAUUUAUUUGUUUGCUUUUACUGUGGAGUCAGACAAAGAUUCAUUCAAAAAUGAGCUUUACAACAAAUGUAAGACCUUCAAGCUCUCAGAUGUUUUAUUCAGUGACAGAUCAGCUUCAGAUGAAAGUUUAAAGUUUUAGAAAAAAAGCCUCGGUUGUUGUUUUAUGUCCUCUUGGGUUGUGAAUAAAGAAGGCAGAGCUUGAUUCACUCAGAAUAUGCAUCCAGGAAAAAGGCUCUGUGACUGUGAUUCCUAAACACAUUCGUUCAGACAGAGAGGAAUACGUUGGUUAGAAUCGUUAAGUGUUUUGUUCUGAUAGUAUGUUUACCUCAGGGGUGAGGAUGUACGACUCACAAAAAACUCAGUUGUUCUUUUCCCUGAAAGCCCCCUCCGCACACACACAAACACACAAACAAACACACACACCAGGCAGGCAUCCCUAACAUCAGCACCAAAUCACCAUCCUGAUUUUCAUGUGACUCCUUCAGUCAACUUUUCUCUGGUGUUCCGCUCUGAGACGCGCCAAACAAUACUUAGUUUCAUGAUUUUCUAAGUAAUUUGUUGUCAGAUGGUAAUUCAGUGUAACUGUACUUUAAUGUUUGAGAUCAGUAUUAUGAUAUUAAUACUUCUUUCAAGGAGAAGGAUUGAAUCCAGUGUAUUUAAAGGUAGUAGGCAGAGAAAAAUCUACAGUAGAUCUGCAUGAAAAAAACAAACGAAAAAAGAAGAAGAAGAGGAAACUGACGUGUUCUUUUAGCCCGAUUGAAAAGUGUUUGUUAACCUUUAUUGGAUUUGUGAUGGUAACACUGUGAUAUUCAGCCAAAUAAUGGCAAAAUAAUGUUGUGAUCUCAGUAUGGUACUAUUGAUGGUCCUGUUUCACAUUGUCAGUCAAUCUGUUUUGAUGGUGUGUAUUGAUGAAAAUAGGUUGGGUGACCUUUUCUGUUGACGGUGUCUGUCUUGAGCUUCCUGACAACCCCCCCAUUCUGUUCCCAUCAUGCAUCAUGUUCACAUGAGUGAGUGGAGGUGAAGCUGUCGGCCCCGUUGCUUUUUCACUUCAUCUUUAGUUAACAAUUUUUAUAGUCAUUUACAUGAACAAAGGAAAUAAAAUAUAGGACAAAAUCAAACACUCAAUUAGGAGGCAAAAAGAUUGUAAAUGUUCAUGGAGAAUGCUGGGAAACGGAGUUUGAAAAUCCCCUGCAGGGAAAAUCUAUGUCAAUAUAAAUUGUCAACAUAUCAAAACAUGUAGGCGUUGGAUUAUUUGACCGUCUUUUUCCCAGCGCAGCUGCAAGGUGCAUCAGGAAUUUGACUCAUAUGCAUAAAAUCGAAGACUAGUGUAAAUCAUUAAUGCUCCAAACUAAACUUUAGUUUGACUGACGAUGGGAUUUCAAUGCUUAAUUGCUAACGAAAUCAUAAAAACUCCUUGAGAAUUGCCAAAAAUGCAUCAGUUAUGAAAUGUUUGAUUUAACAGAAUUGGAUUAAACUUUGAAUUAUUCACAAUUUUAGCUCAAUUAUUGUGAAGACAGAAGCUCAUUUCUGUCCAGCGAGUUUACCAUAUGAUUACGAUCCACCACAAGGAUGAUUCUUUAUUUAAGCAAAGAGUAUUAGUAUCGCUUUGUGUUCUUAUCAGCUUGUGCUUUUUCUCAUUUUGACACAAUUCUCAUUCCAUCUAUGCAUUUUUUAAGUUUCUUUUUUUUUUUUUAAGUACUGCAGGGUUUCAGUGUGGUGCCAACCCGAAUACAAAAUGUGCAAACUGUGCAUUUCCAGUUCAAACUGUGUUUACUGGGUCUGAUUAACUGUGUUAAAGGGAGCUCAGAUCUUUCCAUUUAGCUCACGGUCACACGAAAUGACAUUUGUCUGUCUGAUUCUUCUGCCUGUCUGUCUUGUUGUGUGUCUGUCUGCUGAGGUCACUGCUAAUACUUGCUCCCGGUUUAAUUCAGGUUUGAAGAAGUGUUCUCAGAGCUUUGGCAGGGAUCACUGUAUGUCUACACAAAUGUUUCUACACUCUCUCUAGACCAGGGUGUUACAAUUAUAAAUUAUAAAUCUUUAUACAUAUCCACAUGUACUGUAUGUACUGUAUGUGUGUAUGUAUAUGUGUAAAAAUAGACCAAUUUUAGUGGUUUGUAUUGUUUUAGGGUUCAUUGUGAAACACUGAAGACAUAAAAAGCAUUAAUAGUAAUAAACUAGCGCUAGUAAAAAAAAAA